CGGGAUGGAGGAGCGGUACAGCAAGGCCGAGACCCUCGCCCUGCGGAGGAAGCACAUCGGGCCUUCCUGCAAAGUUUUCUUUGCCAAGGACCCUCUGAAGAUAGUGUGUGCUCAGGGCCAAUAUAUGUUUGAUGACAAAGGAGAAAAAUACUUAGACUGUAUCAACAACGUUGCUCAUGUCGGCCACAGUCAUCCACACGUGAUAAAGGCUGCAACAAAACAGAUGGAACUGCUCAAUACAAAUUCUCGGUUCCUGCAUGACAACCUUGUUCAGUACGCACAGCGUCUUACAGCCACCCUGCCCGAGAAACUCUCUGUUUGCUAUUUUGUUAACUCUGGGUCUGAAGCAAAUGAUCUUGCUUUACGACUGGCUCGGCAGUACCAUGGGCACCAAGACGUGAUCACCCUUGAAAAUGCUUACCAUGGCCAUGUUACAUCUCUGAUUGACAUCAGUCCCUAUAAAUUUAAUCAGCUGGGAAAGGACAGCAAGAAGGAGUUUGUGCAUGUGGCUCCUUCUCCAGAUAUCUACAGAGGAAAAUAUAGGGAAGACCACCCAGAUCCAGCAAGUGCUUAUGCUGAAGAGGUGAAAAAGAUUAUUGAAGAAGCACAGAAGAAUGGACGUAAGAUUGCUGCCUUCAUAGCCGAAUCCAUGCAGAGCUGUGGAGGCCAAGUAAUUCCACCUGUGGGCUAUUUCCAGAAAGUGGCAGAGUAUGUGCGUGCAGCAGGUGGACUGUUCAUAGCUGAUGAGGUCCAGGUUGGCUUUGGCAGAGUUGGGAAGCAUUUUUGGGCGUUCCAACUGCAAGGCGAAGACUUUGUGCCUGACAUUGUCACCAUGGGAAAGCCCAUUGGCAAUGGCCACCCUAUGUCUUGUGUGGUCACAACAAGGGAAAUCGCUGAAAGUUUUGGUGCCUCUGGAAUGGAGUAUUUCAAUACAUUUGGAGGCAAUCCAGUGUCUUGUGCUAUUGGUUUGGCUGUGCUGGAGGUAAUAGAAAAAGAAGAUCUCCAAGGAAAUGCUACACGCGUAGGAAAUUACCUCCUGGAAUUGCUGGCUGAGCAAAAGGAGAAACACCCCUUAGUGGGAGAUAUCAGGGGUGUUGGAUUGUUUGUUGGAGUGGAUCUGGUGAAAGAUCAACAAAAGCGAACACCAGCCACAGCUGAAGCCCUUCACCUUAUUUACAAGCUGAAAGAGCAUCAAAUCCUUCUUAGUGCAGAUGGACCCCACAGAAAUAUACUAAAAUUUAAACCACCAAUGUGUUUCACAAUGGAAGAUGCAAAACACGUAGUGGAGACAAUUGAUGCACUUCUCACAGAAAUGGAAGAGGCAACUGGAAUGAAGACAGAAAAUAAUGCAUCUAAAAAUGCACAGUGUAAAAGAAAAACAACUGAAGGGAGUUCUCAACCAGAAGGUGCAAAUGAAAGCAUCGGCCAUAUGAAUGGAGCUGCCUGCAGACAAGAAAAUGGGCUUUAUUCUAAAAAACCCUCGCUGUCAAGUAAAAGAAUAAGAACAUGAAGAGGGAAAGUUUCCUCAUUCAGUUUGAAUUUGUGUCCAGCUUGCUUUUGAGAGGAAGAGUGCAAUAGUCCAAGUCUUAGGAUCUGUUUGAAGCCUAGUCCUACUUUCAUAAACUGGCUGAAUUCCUAUUAGCUUCAAUAGGAGUUUAAAAUACCUUUUCAGAUACAUGAGACCUGCACCACAUGGCUUGAAAUCUAGAAGUGACAGAAUAGACAAGUGAUAUAGAAAUACCUUAGUGCUGAUGGCAGGCUUGUCAUAGGUACACAAACUCAGUGA